AACGGGCAGUUUAUACAUAACAGGCAAUCGACCAACAUGCCUAGCAUGUACAAAUGUGAAGCGUGUCGAAAGGACUUCAAAACCGUGUGGUUACCUGACAAGCUAUGCUGUCGUCUCGCCCAAAACAAACUCCAAGGUUUGGGUAACACAUACAGCCGACAUCUGACGCAGAGCCUCGCAGAGGUUCCACAGGUUAAUAAUGAAAAGAAACUCUCUCUGGUUAAUUCUCGUCCGCCGACAGGCAUCGAUGGAGGAGGAUAUAUACAACGAAAUAACAUAGCCCCAUUUUCUUCAUCUGGUAAGCCGACGUGUGGGCAUUUCUUUUCGAGAGACACAGAUCAUCGCAAGCGAAAGAUCGGAAUUCCACCUUCAAACUUGGUGCAAUGGAGAUCGUAUGUCUCAUGAGAGUUUGUUUGUUUACAUGGAGCUGCUAACACAGAGCUUUGCUGUUGUUUAAAAUUUUUGCCAUUAACAGUGUGAUUUCAUUAACAGACUGUCUUUAAAAAGAUAUUCGCUAUUGUUUUGCUAAAUUAUCUACAGUGUGCGAGCGUGUUGCGUAGAAUGGCAACUCAGGGCUUGACUUUCCAUGCGAAUGCAUUCAUUCUGACCAGUGCAGCUUCAAUGGAAUCGAGCAGAUGCGAAGAAGAUGAUCAUAACAAGGACUAGACGUUUUGAAGAAGCAAAUUUUUUUGCUGACAGAAUAUGAAGAAACAUCGGUUAGGCAGAUGGUUAGAAAGACAUCUGCAUGGUUAGGAAUUUAAAUACGCCAAUAUUUCGCACGAUGUAGUUUGCAUGGUGAAUGAUCAAGUGAAACUGGAUCCAUAAAAAUCCAAAUAAAAUAAUAAAAUCAAGAAAUACAGCAAUA